ACUUUCCAGCUGCUUCCAGGCGUCCGCCAUUGACUCAGGCGCCCCGGGAGCGUUUGGAGGCCUGGAAAAGGGGCUUCCGGAGACUCGAGAACUUUGCGGACCCUCGCCGGGCUCCGCACCUGAGCUCGCGGGCCUCCAGCACGCGUGCGCGGCAUCGCGAGACCCCCCCACGCCCCGCAAACGGCUGGCGGCUUCGACGCGUCGCCCGCGCAUCCCGGCCAUGGCGCAGCUGUGUGGGCCGCGGCGGGGCCGCGCGCUCCUGGUCCUGCUGGCAUCGCUGCUCCUCUUCCGGGCCGAGGCGACCGACGCAGAACCAAGCAUCCACGACUUCUGCCUAGUCUCAAAGGUGGUGGGGAAAUGCCGGGCCUCCAUUCCCAGGUGGUGGUACAAUGCCACCGACCGGUCCUGCCAUCCGUUUGUGUAUGGAGGCUGUGAAGGAAAUUACAAUAAUUACCUGAGCGAGGAGUCGUGUCUUCAGAAGUGUGCUGGUGUCACAGAGAAUGCUGUCGAUGAUCUGGGCUCCAGCAGGGAAGGAGCAGAUUCUUCUGUCCCAAGUGUUCCCAGAAGGCAGGAUUCUGAUGACCUCUUCAGCGAUGUCUUCAACUAUGAAGAAUACUGCACUGCCCAGGCUGUCACUGGGCCUUGCCGUGCGGCCUUCCCCCGCUGGUACUUUAAUGCUGAGAAGAACUCCUGUGAUAGGUUCAUCUAUGGUGGGUGCCGGGGCAACAAGAACAGCUACCUCUCCCAGGAGAUGUGCAUGCAGCACUGCUCUGGCAAGCAGAUGUAUCCUGCCUUGUCCCCUGGCACCAAAGCGGUGGUCCUGGUUGGGUUGUUCGUGAUGGUCCUGAUCCUUCUCCUGGGAGCCUCUGUGGUGUUCCUGAUCCGGAUGGCAUGGAGGAAGCAGGAGCGUGCCCUCCGCACUGUCUGGACCUCUGCAGAUGACAAGGAGCAUCUGGUGAAGAACACAUACGUCCUGUGAAGGCCUUGGCACCAGGAGACCAGGGGAGGGAGGGAAGAACGUGUGCUUUUUAAAAAUAAGAGUGUUUGCUUGUAUCUGUGAGAUUAUUAGGGCUUUAGGUCUGUGUGACACAGGCAGGGUAGGAGGUUGGCACUUGCUGGUUCUGGCUGGGUUUGCUCUGGAAACCUGAGUGGUGCCUCCUUUGUUUCUUUCUGUCCUCCAGGAAUAGUCUCCCUGGCUCGUAUGGAAUCCCAUUGCCUCCUUUCUCCUCACAGCACUCACUUAAUGAUUUCCUUUGUUUGAUUGAUUCAUGCUUUUUUUUUUAAGUGGAAACAAGGUUUUUUAUUACGAUUCUAAAAAGGAAGAAAGCUACAAGUUUAAUAAAA